CUGCACUGACACUUCGUCCUAAGCCAGAGCCCGUAGUUCACGUCCGGUGGCUCGUCCUGUGCUCUGGACAGACGUGUGAUGACGCGUCCUCGCCGCUGAAGUUUCCAGAGCAGCCUCACUGCCCCAAACCUCCGCCCACGCCUUGGAUUUUGAGUCUCAGGGUCUCGGGGGUCCCGCAUAGGAACAGUUCCUGGGGCCUGUCUGGGGCGUGGCCGAGGCGGAGCGGCCCGCGGGGCGGGAUCUGGGCGUGUCCGGGAGGGCCCUGCUUCCUAAAACCGCGGGGCGCGCGGCCAGGGGGACGCCAUGGGGGCGAGGGGCGCGCGGGUGGCCCUGUGCGGUGUCGCGCUGCUCUGCGCGCUGGGCCUGGGCCAGCGACCCCUCGGCGAUCUGAGCUGCAGCCCUGGCCAAGUUCUGCAUGGGACGGGGACAGACGCACGCUGCUGCCUCUGCGCCCCAGAUGAGGGGACCUGUGCCGAGCGGGACUGCCAGUGUAUCCAGCCCGAGUUCCACUGUGGAGACCCACAGUGUAAGAGCUGCAAGUACCACUCCUGCCCGCCUGGCCAGGGAGUGCAGCCUGAGGGCAACUUCAAAUUCGGCUUUGAGUGUGUUGACUGUGCCGUGGGGACCUUCUCUGGGGGCCAUGAGGGCCGCUGCAAACCUUGGGCAGACUGCGUCCAGCUUGGGUUUCCCACCCUGUUUCCCGGAAACAAGACGCACAAUGCUGUGUGCAGCCUGGGGCUACGGCCGACUGAACCACCCAGCUCGCUGACCAUCGUCAUCCUCUCCCUGGCUGCCUGCAUCCUGGCCCUGACCGUGACCCAGCUAAGCCUGCACAUCUGGCAGCUGAGGAGGCAAAGAAUGUGGCCCCCAGGUCAGUUGUGCCUUGGGGAGGGGGGGUCCCCUGCCUGCCUGCCUGCUGAUUGCGGCCCCUCUGCAGAGACCCAGCUCCUGGAGGCCCCGCCACCCCCACCUGAGGACGCCUGCAGUUGCCAGUUCCCUGAGGAGGAGCGGGGUGAGCGGCUGUCAGAGAACAAGGGCCGCCAGGAGGACCUGUGGGUGUGAAGUGCAAAGGGCCCGUGCCAGGCCCUCCCUGGAGCUGGCCCAGGCUGGCCCUCAGGAGCAAGGGCUCUGGGCCCCACGGUGGGGCCCCAGCUCUGGGCCCGGCCCUGCUCCCCUCGAUGGUGGAAGCAGGUGGGGGAUGGUGACAGUGACCAGUGCCCUGGAUCAUGUCGAAGAGGCGGCAGCUGUGGCUGGACCCCGUGGAAGACACAGGUGCACAGGGGCUGCCUCCCUCUCUUGCUGUCCCACUGGGGCCGCAUCUGUGGCCCCUGGUUCCCAGGACCAGAGGCUAAGGACCUGGCUACAGGCAGCACUCAAUAAACACUUGUCCAGUGA